CCGUUGCUAGAUUUGUGCAAUUUUGUUCCAAAACUAAUUUCAACUCUUGGUUUUAGUUGCACUGAUGUUCAUUUGUUAUCAAUUAAUGUGAGCCAGAAAUUUAAGCAGUUAUUUCUUUAUUAUUCAAAAUGUCACAAUUCCAUGAACAGCUCGCAAUCUUUUCAAGAUAAUAAUAUUUGGGAACUAGAAUUUGCAAUCCGCACGCUUAUGGAGUAUUAUCGGUUAACUUGGCCAAGUGCAUCUAUAACUGCGAAGAUGCAUUUGCUUGAAACCCAUGUCAUUCAAUUUAUUGAGAAAUGGAGACUAGGUAUUGGAGUUUAUGAGGAACAAGGCGGCGAAAGUUUGCAUGCUGAAUUUAACAACCUUAAUCGUUUGUUUUGGCACAUGAAAGGCUGUAGACGUUUAAAAAGAACAUUUUCUGAGAAACCAUCCUUUCGGAUAAAGCUAAAGCUAUGAUUUUUUCUUUUUUUU